UCAGGAAGAAGAUAACAAACGAAAGAAUUUUAAAAUCCUUGGUCAUUUAAUGUGUACCAAUUACUCAUCCAAUUUAGUAAGGUAAAUAUUUAAAUUCCUUCAUGAUUCACAUGCAGCCAGCUCUUAGGAAUGCAGUACUAGCCAAAAGUCCAGACUGUUAUCGCCCAAUUUUUUUGUAAAUACACGUAGACACAUUAAGAUGCCACUGCCAUAUAUAGUGCAUGGAGUAAACAGUUCAUUCGAGGGCUGUUUGGUGGUUGCAGCCUUUUUCACAGAAACGAUAAGCAGUCAAACAAGCACUGGUCAUGUUACUUCUGCAUCAAGUUGUGGAUAUGGUCUCACCGAAUGUGAGAGAUUAAAUGAUCAAAAGUUUUCCCAGAACUCCUUCUGUUUGCUUCAAGAACAGCAUUCUAGACUCAAUACUGAAAUUAUAGUUUGCUCAAAAGGAAAUUUACUUUGAGCAAACACCCUUUGUAGUGGUUUCAUCAAAUCAGCAGGACUUCCUCCCAUUUCCUGUGGUUUUGCCUUAAAGUGGCAAGAGGGGCAAGUUUCGCCUGUUUGUACAGAGCAGUUGGUGAGGACCGACAGAGCACUAUGGACAGCAGCAACUCGAGCAAAAUGAACCAGACCAUUUCGGAUGAUUACAUCAAUGAACCCUCAAGUGGACAUAAUUGUCUGUGGUGUUUUAAUGACAUUGAGACAGCCCCUGUGUCUUCAGAAGUAAAAGAGUCCAUAAGGAUACUUUCUCUGGUCAUCUACUGCCUGACGUUCCUCCUCGGAGUUCCCGGAAACAUGUUUGUUGUGUACAUCGCUGGAUUGAAGAUGAAGAGGACGGUUAAUACAAUAUGGUUUCUCAAUCUAGCGACUGCAGACCUCCUGUGCUGCCUUUCUAUACCCUUCAGUGUGGCGCAGAUUGUCCUUGACCAUCACUGGCCGUAUGGGUUAGUCAUGUGCAAGAUUCUCCCCUUCAUUAUAGUCAUCACCAUGUUUACCAGCGUUUUCACCUUGAACUUGAUUAGUCUGGAUCGGUUUGUUCAGGUGAUCACGCCGGUUUGGGCUCAAAAUCAUCGUAAUUUGUUGAUUGCGCGACUGUCCUGUGUCGCGGCCUGGGUCUUGGCUUUGUUGCUCAGCUUUCCUUUUAUGUUAUCAAGGCAAAUUUUCAUUAAUGAGGAGUUUAACAUCACACUUUGCACUUUUCAUGCUGAUGAUGAAGGUGAUUCAAACCGUGCAACAUCUGGAAGGUUAACCAUCAUCAGAUUUGUGUUUGGUUUUUUGGUUCCUCUCAUAUGCAUCACAACAUGUUACGGAUUCAUCGCACACAAGUUAGGCAGGAGUCAUUUUCACUCUGGACGAGCGUUUCGCAUCAUGUUUGCUGUAAUCGUGGCCUUUUUUCUGUGCUGGUUGCCAUAUCACAUAGUAGAUUUGAUAGUCAUGUACGGAGAGAAAUCCAGUUCCUCUGUGGCUUCCGUAGUGGAUUCUCUGGCCGUUUCUUUGGCGUAUGUCAACAGCUGUCUGAACCCCAUUCUGUAUGUUUUCAUGGGGCAGGAUUUCAAAAGUAAGUUUAAACUUUCUCGUGUUUUUGAAAGAGUUUUCUCUGAGGAGGGGAUACAAGCGUCAUGAUCUACACAGUCACAACACACACACUCAGUGUAGAGAAGAUAUCAGCUCAUUUAUACAGAGUUCAGGUCAUUUUUCUAUGCCAAACCUUUCUAUGUACUUUAAAACAAGACUUGUUCCACUUGCCCCCCCCCCCUUUUUUUUUUUUUUUGCAUUAUCAUCAGAGUAAUUUUCUAGACCAAAUACUCCUGUGAACUAUCUUGACAUCAAUAUUUAUUUGAAACUGAAACUUAAAAUAUGCAAAACAGCUUACUUUAGCACUGUUAGGAAGUGUCCGUUAUGGUUUCUUUUUUGUCAGGAAAUUAGGAAAUUCAUGAAGUGCAUCUAAAAUGAUCUGUUCAAAAACUUCUGCAAUAAAACAUACAGAUGAUAUUACGUACAUACGUUUUAUGUUACAAUAAGUUACAAUAAGUCAUUGCUUUACAUUCAGUAAUGCUCCAUUUUUGUUUGAAUUAGCAGGGUUUUUGUGAACUAGUUCGUGACAAAGCGAUUUCUCGUGUACAAAAAGGUCGAAAGCAGUUUGUAAUUCUGAUGCUAUUUUUAGGCAGAUGCUGUAAGCUUUGAGGAAGUCAAUGUUGUGUCUUUUGAUGGGAUGAAGUCUACAGGCUGAACGCUCAAUGUAAUUAAUAAUACAUGUACAUAAAUACACUCUCUUGAAUACAAUAGACUACAUACUGCUAAGAAUAGUUACUAAUGCUGUACUGUUACUGUGUGUGAUGUCGUUUCAGAUUUUCAUAUUUUACUGAUGACAUUGUCUUCGAUCAUUUUAUAGUUUCGCAAUAACAUUGUUUUCACUUUACUGUUGUUUAUGAUCAUUAAAAAUUCAAAAUGGCACUUCAUUUUUGACAAAAAAUUUUAGUAUUAUAUUUGAUCUUUAUGGAACACAUGAUUUUGAUUUUGAUUUUGUGGUGUCAUUCUUUAGACAAAUAUUUAACCAGGCCAAACUCUAGGCCAUAAUUGAUCGUUGUCUCUGUCAAAUGUUUAAUUAUCCUAUACAGCCUUUCAAAUGUCUCUCACAUCACUCCACGCUUUUUCUUCUCACAAAAUAAAACAAAUUAAACCCAAAUCAUAUU